UUGGCAUUCGCACGGCACGAAUCGUACAGUACAUUUACAUUGCAAAAAAGCAUAAAACAAAGUUUUAAAACAAUUAAAAGCGAGCAAUCCUCGGCGUAUUAUUAAAGAAGCAGCCCACUGUUGGCCCCAUAACCGCGGCAGAGCGCGCGACCUUGCGAUUUCGCGGAGCAGCAGCGCCAGAAAGAGUGCUCUCAGGCAGAGGGGCGCAGAGAGAAAAUGUCAGGCAAAGCAGCAGCAGCAGCAGCAGUGGAAGUGGAAAAAGAGUGAAGAAACCACAAAUCGCCGUCGGGAUCCGAUCUCCGAGCUCGAGGAGCAGCCACCGCCGGGGCCCCGGGACACCUGCCCAAUUCCCCCGCUCCCCAUGCGGCACAGCCGUGGCCAGAAUCGCGCAGCCCACGGUUAACAGCCAGCGAAAGUAGGAGACAACAACGACGGAGCCCUGCGUCUGCGGUCCUCGACUGUUCAAUUCUCACAGGCAGAACCUGGACACCUGCGAGCGCAAUGCGAAUGCCGCCCAUUCUGGCCGGGAUUGCUCAUAGACUGGUGCUUGGAUGUCGUCGGUAAUUGGGUGCGCCAUCCUCCGUUGGGAAUCCCCUAGCAAUCCGCUGCUGGCACCAUGCAAAGCCUGGACUCCUCAUGCCAAGAAGCCGACUUUAUUAUAAAUGACACGCUCAAAAAGUUAAAGGGCUCCAGCAACGCGGAUCAUGUCCAGGGACUAACGGUCCACGCCCACGGCUCGGGCGUCCACCAGACGCAGUUCGUCCAGUACCAGGCCGGAUCCUCGCCGCAGCUGCAGCCCCAGCAGUCGUACCACCAGCUGCAUCCUACGCUCCAGCAGCAACAGCAGUUUGCCCCGUCGAGCAGCAAGUCCUACCUGGAGACGAGCCUGCUGCAGGCCAUACCACAGAUUCCUGCUCAGCCGCCCAUUUGCAUCUUCGAUGACGACGAGUCCCCCACCGAGGGCACUGGCGGCUCGCUGGGCGGCCUGCUCACCGAGCCCACGUCGGCCACGCCCAGCGGGUUGCCCACUGCAAUCGCCCCGUCGCCCUCUUCGUGCUCAUCCUCCACGACAACGCUGUCGAACUUCAACUCCAUCACGUCGCCCUCGCCAGUGGUGCCCGAUCUGCUGCUGUCCACGCCGCCGGGCGUCAACUCCAGCCUGAGCAACAGCUCAACGGGAGCGGCCAGUGUGUCCAGCAAGAAGUCCGAGAAGCGGCCUCCAUCCGCCAAUUCAACAGCCAGUGGCGGCGGCGGCGGCGGCCAUCACCUGCACCAUCAUCACCUCCACCAGACGCACAAUCACCAUGUCCUGGCCUCGCCCACGUCGUCGCCCAACAAGCGCCAAAAGUCCAACAGCAGUAGUAGCAAGGAGUACAGCUCCUCUAGUCGCAGCUCAUCAGCUUUACCCGCCGCCUCAGUCUCCACGGCUACCUCGUCGUCGCAAUCAGCGCGCGCUGGCGCCGGCGCUGCCUCCUCCAACAGCAACAACAACAAGCCACCUUCCUCCGCCUGCCAGUCUAGCAGCAGCAGCAGCAAGUUCUUCAAUCUGCACGAGAAAAUAAAGGAUUUGUAUCUGCAACUGCUGAGCAACGACCUGAACUACUUUGCCGAGACAGGGCUGAAGCAACGCACUCGUUCCUUCACACUGGAGCGGCUGGUGGAGCGAGAGAAGCUCAACACGAUUGUGGUCAACCUGUAUCCCGGCAACAAGGGAUACUCGCUGGCCCUACACUACGACGAGCACAUGCUGCUGAACCCGCAGACAAACGAAUGGUCCAUCACCGCGGACAAGGACGAAACGGCGAGUGAGACCGCGGGCAUGGGGUCUACUGCUGGAGCGGGUAGCCAUCGAAGUCGCCCAAAGCCGGCGGCCCUGGACGAGAGUCACGGCAAGGCGGAGGCGGGUCAGGCCAAGCACGACUUUGGGCUGGUGGAGGUUCUGCGAUGGCCCUAUGAGAACGACCUUCUGCUGCAGUGCAUCGAUCGUGAGAUGCUGCCGGAGUUUCUAAUGGAUCUACUCGGCGCCGAGACGGUCAGUUUGUCGGACGGCGAGGGGACCCGGGUUUACGCAAAGCCGAGCGUCUUCUAUGCCGGCUGCGUUAUUGCCCAGAUCCGCGACUUUCGCCAGACAUUUGCCACCUCAACGAAUAUCUGUGAUAUGAAGCACAUCCUGCUCAGGCCGACGAACGCCACCCUCUUCGCGGAAGUGCAGCAAAUGGGCAGCCAGUGGCCGGCGGAAGAUAAGCUAGCGCUGGAGAGCCAGCUGGUGUUGGCCACUGCGGAGCCGCUGUGCCUGGAACCGGAUCCGAGCAUAGGGCGGCAGGCCAUCAACGCCCAGCAUCAGCGUCAGUUGUUCAACUCCCAUGAGCUGCGGCGCCAGAUGAAGAAGUUCACCCAGACGGCCAUCAAUCGGAAGCGCAAGCUGGACCAGUUCACCCACCAUCACGGCCUGGAAUUGUGCGAUUACCUGGCUCGUCUGCGUCAACGGCCGCGGACGGGGAGCAGCAGUGGCGGCGGCAAUGCCACACCGGCCACGGCACCCACCAACAACCCGCUGGUGGGGGCCAUGCUCUCGUCGUUCACCUCGAAGGUUCCCCGGCGACCGCACGAGGUCAUCCGGCCCAUUCGUCCGCCCACACUGGAGUAUCCCGCCAAUCUGAAGGUGCCCGAACACGUGAUCAGCGUGGAAAAGUAUGCCAAGGCCUUCGAGCCCCUGAACGAAUUCAGCGAGGCCUGCAAGGACGGCUGCCAGCCGAAUUGCCGGCACAACUUCCAGCCGCAACUCAUCGAGGAGUACGUCCUCGAGACGGAGCGUGAGGCCAGCGAAGGUCGGCGGGCGUUGUACCACAUCAAGCUGUCCAUCUUCCAGCGGCCCUCCGAUGCCGAGUAUCUCGGCGAACUGUAUGUGGACCGAGACUACCGGGAGGGCGAGCGCAACGGCGAGUCGUGCCGCUUUGCGCUGGGCACUCGGGUGCAUGCCAAUCGAUACAUUCAGCAGUUCCGAGAGAUCUUCACCGAGGAGGGACGCAAGGCGGUCAAAAUCACGCAUUUGAUACCCGGGCAUGUGCCGAUUGUGACUCACACGGGCUUGACGAACGAGCAGCGGAUCCUCUUGCAGCAGCAGCAGCAACAACAACAGCAGCAGCAGCGACAGGCUCAAUUGCAGCAGCAGCAACAACAGCAGCAGCAACAGCAGCAAGUUGUUGUCGUCAGUAAUCCCCAGCAACAACAACCGCAGCAGCCACAGCAACCCCAGCAAGCGCAACAGCAGCUAUCCGCUACAGUGCAUCAUGUGGCACUGCCGCGACAACAACUAACCCAAAAGACUCUGAAUUUGGCCGGAAGUAAUAUGAUCAAUGUGCAGCAAAACUUUCGGCAGCAGCCGGCGCAGCAGCAGCAACAGCAAACAUACACAAUUGAGGCACCGCAGCAACAGGCCGCAACACAGAUUGUCCCGCAGCAACAACAACAACAGCAGCAGCCGCAGCAACAACACAUUCACCUUCAGCAGUUGGCCACCGGCAGCAGCAACUCCGCCACAACAACACACCAAGUUAGCCUGAGCAAUGGCUCCCUGGUCCUUGUGCAGCAGCAGCAACCCCAGCAGCAGUCGCAACAGCUGGCCCAGGCCCUGCAACACUCGGGCAUAACCAUCCAGCCCGCCACAAUACAGCAGCAGCAGCAGGUGAAGGGCGCCACGGUGGUGGGGGCCAAUUCCGCAUUGCGUGCCCAGCUCAACUCAAAUGUGCCAAUUCUGCAAACGCAGCUGAAAGUUCAGCAGCAACAGAUUCUGCAGAAGCAACAUCAACAGCAACAACAACAACAGACAACUGCCACAAGUAAUAACAACAACAACAACAACAGUAACAAUAUGAACAACAAUACGGCCAUACACCCAAAUCCUGCAAUAAAUGCCAUAGUCAACAGCAUUAUGAACUCUGCCAACCAGUACCAGCAGCAGCAGCAGCAGCAACAACAACAGCAGCAUCAGCAACACCAGCAGCAAUCGGGUAACACACAAGGCAACAGCAAUGCUGCAGUGCACGGCGGCAACAACAACAACAACAACAACAACGGCAGCAACACCAGCGCCACAACACUCAAGAACUCCAGCAACGCAUCAAUUUUGAACCUGCUCAACAGUGCUCCAGCUGCCAUGACCAGCACCCCAGUGGCCAGUGGAACGUUCACCGCCUCCACGGGCCAACAGCAACCGCAGACUCUGACGCUUGUGCAGCACCAGCAACAGUCGACUCCCACCACCGCGGAUGCGGCCACAGCCACCUAUGUGCAGACCACGCGUGGAACACCCACGUUGGUGAGUGCCCAGCGGAAGCAGCAGUCCAGCGAGGUGCUGCAGAACUUGCUGAAUGCCAAUCGAAAGAUUGGCAGUGGAGGCACGACCACAACAACGUUCCGCACAAACUCCGCGGGCAAUUUGAUAGCGGUCAAUCUCAACCAGGCCGGGCAGUCGCAUCACCAACAGACGGUCGACGGUGGCCAGACGGUGAGGGUGUCCAUGUCGGCGCUGGCCUCACAGUUGGCCUCGCCGCCGGCUGUGAUGACAAACCCCACCACCAGCUACACAGUGAUCUCGUCGGGCAACAGCGCUGGGGCGGCGGCAGCCUGGAUUCAGAGUCCAACGGGUCCGGUGCAGCAGCGCAUCCUGAGCUCGCUGCGCAGGGACAGCACUACGGCAGCACCGAACGCCAUUGUGGUGGGCAUGGCAGCCCCGUCGCCGGGCAGCGAUUCGAACGCCUCGAAUGCCAGUGGCUUUGCGGUGCCCAACAAUCUGGCGUCCACGUCGAGUGGCGGCGGUGGUGGUGGCGGAGCCCUGUCCGCCCUGCUGACCAACGCGGCCACUCCCUCGCCAUCGGGCUCGGAUCACUCGCAGUCGUCGCAGACGCACCAAAACCAAGCGCUCCUCGAGCGCCUCAGCAAUGUCACCUCCAACGUGUCCGCCGUCUCCAUGCCCCACAUGUCGCCGCAGCAGCCGCCGCCGACGCAGCAGUUCAUCACCAAAACCAUUGUUCACUCGCCCGCCACCUCCUCGAUACACUCGCCCAUGUCUAGUCCGCAUCCGCAGCCCUCUGCCUCGCCGCAGCAACAGCAGCAGCACCAGCAGCAGACAACCGCCACCCUGAAUCUGCAGGGCAUCAAUCUGUCCCAGCUGCAGGGCGCCAUGGCCAAUUUUGCCGGCCUGCAGAAUGUGCAGGUGCAGAUACCCGGCUUCACGCAACCCAUUUCGCUGCAGUUCUCCGGGAACAGUCUGCAGCAGCAGCAGGCGGGGAAUGCGGCCACGGGCGCGGGCACGGCUCAGGGGCAACAGCGAAGUGUCCUGGUCUCGGUGCCGGUUUCCAGCCAGCAACAGCAACUGCCACACACCAUAACACUGCAGACGCAAUCGGCGCAGCACCAUCAGCAGCAGCACCAGCAGACGCAGCAGCAACACGCCCCGCCCACGGGCACCAUUGUGAGCCUGCCGUCGUCCGGACCCGGCACCCAAACGGUGGUGAUUACCAACAACGCCGGCGGAGGAGUUUCGGCGGGAAAUAGCAGCGGUGGAAAUGCAGGCGGCGGAGGAGGAGCCGGAGCCACAACGGCCAUGCUGACCCUACCCAUUGCUCAAAUAGUCGGUGCCGGUGUUCAGAAACUAAAUCCUCAAACAAUACGUACCUCAAAUGUCGGUGGUGGUAUAGGUAUCGCCCAGCAGACGGUCCAGCAGACAGUCCAGCAGCAGCAGCAGACGAUCCAGGCGCAGGCGGGCGGCAACAGCACCGCGUCCAUCCAGCUGCUGGGCACCAUUCAGCCGCGGGCCCGCAACGUCCAGGUGGUGGGCACCAAGCAACUGGCCAACAGGCAGCUCAUCACCACCCAGCGGCAGAUAGGCGGCUCCACGCUCAAGCUGGCCACGACGCCAGUGAAUGCCGGCAAUGUGGUGACCAGCAGCGGCAACCUAAGCACCACGCCAAUUGUGAUGUCGGGGCAGAAGCUGCAGCUAAAGACGGUGAAGGCGCCCGGCGUGCAACAGCAACAGCCACAGCAGCAGCUGCAGCAGCAACAACACCGAAUACUCAACCAGCAGAGCACCUCCACGGUCUCCUCGCAGACACUGCCCAGUCCCAACCAAGUGCAGGUGCAACAGCAGCAGCAGCAGCAGCUGCAGCACAUCCAGAUCGCCGGCAGGGCGACCACCGCCUCGGGAGCCAUCAGCCAGAGGACGCUGACGGCUCUGGCGGCGGCCAAGCAGCAACAGCAACAACAGCAACAGGCUGCGGUCAAUCGACGGCGCUCCACCACCGAUGCGACCAAGUAGACAGGGAUGUGGAUCGACUAAGAGCCGAGGCAUUAGGGCGAACAAGUAAAAGGCUACGCGUUGUGUAUUGCUUGAUAUUAUAGUUUAUGGUUACCUCCUAACUAUCACUACUAUCGUACAUUGUAUACCCACAUAACUAUAUAUGUUUUGAUGUGUAAUCGUAAGUGUAAAUCGCAUGGGCAACAGCAUGGCAGCUCAUAGUUGUGCCACCUAGUUAGGAGAUGGAGCAGGAUCAGCGCCAGCGUUGGCCUGGCCCGGCUCUACCGACUGCGCUUGUGUUAAUUGUGACCCCUUGGCGACGAACGAAUUAGGUGUAGAAGAGAGAGGUCUUAAUAAUAUUUAUCUAGUUGUAUAUACGCAUAUAUAUUACAAUAUAUAUAUGGGAAUUGUUUCAAUAUGUCCUGCGCCCCAAUCGCCAUUUAAACACCCAUCAAUUUGGCCCCAAAACUCCAAUUCGUUAAGUCCUAACACUAGCUCUUUAAGUGUGCUAAUUUUAAGCUGUAAAUCAGGGGAGGAGUCGCCGCAAACAAAAGGAAAGCAAUAAUAUGAGGAGGAAAAAUCAACAAAACACGUAAAUUAAUUGUAAAGAAAUUCUAAUUAUUACGAUUACGUUUAGCUAAGCGAUGAGGAGGAGCCCAUGAACCGGUGCAGGGGUUCAUUUUAGCAAUUACAAAUAUUCAUAUUGUACUAUUAAAAUUAUUAUUGCUAAUUAUUUAAUCGAUUGCUUAGCCUAAGUUCACGAAACGAAGAGAAGAGAUGAGAAAAAACACACACAUUUUAGUUUGUAAUGUACAAUUCGUAGCCUCAAACCAAUUUAGUACUUCCAAUUGCAGAAACGAAACAUUAAAAACGGAAAGCGAAACAAAAUACACAAAAGUCAAAACUUAUUUAAACAAUUUAUUUGUAAUAGCGCAAUGUACAAUGAAACUAGAGAGACAGGAGCAGCUGGAGGAGCUGGGGCAAACGAAAUUGCAAGUGCGGUGCGACGAGUAAUGUGUAAAAAGAUACGCUUUGACUAAACAAGAUUGUUUUCCUUUCAACUGAGCCAGUUUUGUAGAUGGAAAUUAUUUAUUUAAGUAACGAUUUUAUUUAUGUUACUACUCUGCUGUAAUUGUUUAGCAUUGUUUGAUUCAGCCGUACAACUAAACCUCUUCAUAAAGCAAGCAAGAACUAACCUCACCAUUACCCGUAUUCCCUACCCAACACACACUCAAGCAUAAAUUACUCAAUGUUAAUAUUAAAUAAUAAAUGUGAUUUAAGAAGAAUAAACGAAAAAGAAAACAUGGUACUA